AUGAACUAUCGGCUUUGUUAUUCGGCGCGUCCUGCAUCGCGCAUCCUUUUCCAAACGCGAUUGAUACGGCCUCAAUGCGUCUAUAAAGCUGGAAUCGGUAGUUUACGCGCCCUGUCAACCGAGUCCAAUUCGUCUCCCGCGACUUUUCCAAACUCGACUACUCAACCUCGCCAGCCUAUAGAAUACAAUGGGCCUCUUGCGGACACGUACCAGAGACUCAAACUCUUUUCACUCACGUCGCUGAGCCUAGCGACGCUCAUGACACCUCUUAUGUUCAUUAUCGACUCGUCCAUGCCAUUUGCUGGUCGUGCAGUGCUUGGUUUCACCGCAAUGUCAACCUCUGGUCUCUCGACUGCUCUUAUAGCAUGGCUAGGCUCGACCUAUGUGACCAAAGUCCGAGUUGAAGAUGUUGGCGUCGAGGGUGCGGGAGCAGGACGACGAGUGCAUAUGACCACGAAGACGAUGCUGCUCAGAGAGCGCGUCACAACGGUGUACGACCCGUCGUUUCUCGAGCACGCCGAGCAGUAUUUCAAUAAAGUGAGACUGCGGAACCAGAUCCGUGUUCCUAUGGCCGAGGUCGAGAAGAAUGGGAUGAAGCUUGUGGAUGGGAUGGAGGAGACGGUCGCGGAAACGUUGGACGAAAAGGGCAAUGUCCGCGGUUGGUGGGAGGUUCACUGGCGCCGCGAGGGUGACGCUGGCUUUCCACUCCCGAUUUGUACUUUGACGCCAACCACUGCCGUUUUCAGCUCGAUGGGUCUCAUUGAGGUCAUUGCAAAUGAUCGUACAGGGAAUAAGGUCCGAGUCAAGGUGGACUCGGAGGAUACAGUAGAAGUGCUAAAGAAGAUGAUUGCGGCACAAAUGGGCACAGAUUGGGAGAAGAUUGUCUUGAAGAAGUGGUACACCGUAUUCAAGAACCACAUCACACUUGCGGAUUACGAGAUACACGACGGGCAAAGCCUGGAGAUGUACUACAGUUAA